UAGUUGUAUUUGACAAUAUACAAGCUGUAGUCGUGUUAAAACGUGUAAGUUUUUCGUGCAUAAACAUUAAUUUCAGAAACACUGCUACUUUAGUAACGUUGGUCGUUGGUGCAGUAAAGACAGCUGUCCGCCAGGGGGCGCUGUUUUGCGGGGAACGGGGUUUUCAGCUGUUUUCCGGUGACAGCAAGGGGGAUGACAACAUCAUCCACAGUCACGGCCCUUCCUCCAUUCAAGCCGACUGCAAAACAUCGACAAAAAGAAGCGGUCUGCCAUUGGAAUUCGGAGUCUGUCUUUGGGGAAUUUAUUCUUUAUGUCCCACUGGGAGCUAGAGCAACAUGGCAGAUGACAAGGACGUGUUGAGAGACGUGUGGUUCGGCCGGAUCCCCACCUGCUUCAUUCUGAACCAGGAUGAGGUUACUGAGAGAGAGGCCGAGCCCUACUAUCUGUUGUUACCCAGGGUUAGCUACUUGACUCUGGUUACAGACAAGGUGAAGAAACACUUCCACAAAGUGGUGAGGACCGAUGACGUGGAGGAGAUGUGGUUGGAGUACGAGGGGACGCCGCUGAAAUGGCACUAUCCAAUUGGAGUUCUGUUUGACCUCCAUGCGUCCAACACUGUCUUACCUUGGAGCAUCACUGUGCACUUUAAGAAUUUUCCAGAUCGUGACCUGCUCCAUUGUCCCUCCAACUCGGUGAUCGAGGCUCACUUCAUGUCCAGCAUCAAGGAGGCCGACGCUCUCAAGCACAAGAGCCAAGUCGUCAACGACAUGCAGAAGAAAGACCACAAACAGCUGUGGAUGGGCCUGCAGAACGAUAAGUUUGACCAGUUCUGGGCCAUGAACAGGAAGCUGAUGGAAUAUCCCAGCGAGGAGGGAGGCUUCAGAUACAUCCCCUUCAGGAUAUACCAGACGAUGAGUGACAGGCCGUUCAUCCAGAAACUGUUUCGCCCCGUUUCACCCGAAGGCAACAUGCACACCCUUGGUGACCUGCUGAAAGAGAUGUGCCCAGCUGCUUUACCAAACGACGGUGAGCAGAAGCGUUACCAGGUGGUGAUCCACGGGAUCGAGCCGCUGCUGGAGACGCCUCUGCAGUGGCUGAGCGAACACCUCAGUCACCCCGACAACUUCCUGCACAUCUGCGUCACACCCGUCCCCUCUGACUGAGGCCCCACCCGCCACGCUUCCCGGUCACCCCUCCGCCCGCCUGGGCCCCCCCCCCCGCCAGCCGGCUGGGCAACUAUGGAACAGGAGUGCUUAAACGGUGGAAACUCUGAACUAACAGACUCUGUAACGAGAAGGAGAUCCAGAUGAACAAAAGGAUGGGAAGGAGGGAUUUAACAAGCCUCCUUUUCUAUCUAUUUAUAUUUCUACUCCUCCAAUUACUACUACUACUACUACUCCUCUUUUCCCCCUCAGAAAACCUGUUUAUCGGACGCAAGGAUGAAAAGAUCUUCUCUUCCUCCUCUUCUCCCAAAAGAAAAAAAGACAUUUCUUUAGGUGAAGAGGUGGUUGAGUGAGCAGGGGAUCACUCCUUUCUACUCAGUCUCGCAUCUUCUACUCCUCUCCAAACAUACA